AUGGCGAUGCUCCGGUACGCCGCCAGCCUGGCGCUCCGCCGGUCGGCAUCUCCACCUGACACCGUGGUCUCGCGCUUCUUGGGCAGCGCUGGAUGCGGCAACCCCGCCGCCGGCCUGCCGCUCCUCCGGCGGCCGUCACCUCCGCCUGGUGUUGCUGCUGCUGCGACGGCGGCGGCCUCUCGCUUCUUCAGCAACGGCAGCCGGCCUGGAUCCAGCAACACCAACUCGACGCUUGGCAAGCCUAUUGAGGACACCAAGGAAGAUGUGUACCCAAGGACCCGCAAGUCACCUGCCAAGAUACGCAUAAUUCUGAAAUCUUUCAAUAACCAGAAGAACAAUCUGAAGGAGCUUGCGCCGUACAUGCAUAAGGUCGGGUUGCCUGAAUCGCGGUCCUUAUACACCGUGCUGCGAUCACCUCAUAUUGAUAAGAAAUCCAGGGAGCAAUUCUCAACGCAUGUGAAGAAAGUGUUUGUGGAGAAAACAGCGGAGACGCAUGAACUGGCCAAGAAGUUCUACUGGUUGAAACGGCUUCGUAUAUUGGGGGCUCAGUACGAAGUCGUCAUUAAUUUCAAGACACGCUUGGGUAAGAAGAUUGGCUGCAGCAAAGGUGGUGGCCUGCUUCGACAUCCAAAACAGGGUUCAGGCAUAGAAUAA